CGGCAUCACAAUCCACACCUUCACAAGUUCAGGCGGCCCAGCGGGUGAGCAGCCCCCUGCUCCACUGUCACUUGGACAACAAAAGGAAGAAAGGUCUCAUCCUGAGGAUUAGACCCACGAUAUUGAUCUUUGUGGACCUUCAACCUGUAACAUGCGUGUAUGCAAAUAGCUUCCAAACAAGAAAAACUAUUCAACGUGAAGUCCCACAAAAGUCGAUGAUAACGUGUGCCAUAGCUUGAAGAAAAGGACUAAUAAUCUUGACGAAGCCAAAACGCAGACCGAAAACAAAACAAAACAAAAACAUGCUGUGCACAUCAAGAGCUGUUUAAGAAAGAACAACCUUCGGGAAGAAAUAAGUGCUUCUAAAACUGAACACAGCAAAAGUAUGGAUAUGGGAAAUCAACAUCCAUCCAUCAGUAGGCUUCAGGAAAUCCAAAAGGAAGUGAAAAGUAUAGAACAGCAAGUAAUUGGCUUCAGUGGUCUGUCAGAUGACAAGAAUUACAAGAAACUGGAGAGGAUUUUAACAAAACAGCUUUUUGAAAUAGACUCUGUAGAUACUGAAGGAAAAGGAGACAUUCAGCAAGCGAGGAAGAGGGCAGCACAAGAGACGGAGCGUCUUCUCAAAGAGUUAGAGCAGAAUGCAAACCACCCACACCGGAUCGAGAUACAGAACAUUUUUCAAGAAGCCCAGUCCCUGGUGAAAGAGAAGAUUGUGCCCUUUUACAGUGGGGGCAACUGUGUAACUGAUGAAUUUGAAGAAGGCAUCCAAGACAUCAUUCUGAGGCUGACACACGUCAAGACCGGGGGGAAGAUCUCCCUGCGCAAAGCAAGGUAUCACACUUUAACCAAAAUCUGUGCGGUGCAGGAGAUUAUCGAAGACUGCACGAAAAGGCAGCCUUCCCUGCCGCUCUCCGAGGACGCGCAUCCUUCAGUUGCCAAAAUUAACUCUGUGAUGUGUGAGGUGAACAAGGCCAGGGGCACUCUGAUUGCACUGCUGAUGGGAGUGAACAAUAAUGAGACCUGCAGGCACUUAUCUUGUGUGCUCUCGGGGCUGAUCGCGGAUCUGGACGCUCUGGAUGUGUGCGGGCGGACGGAGAUCCGAAAUUACCGCCGGGAGGUAGUGGAAGAUAUCAACCAGUUACUGAAAUAUUUGGAUUUAGAAGAGGAAGCAGAUAGCACCUACGCAUUUGACCUGGGACAGAAUCAUUCCAUCUUAAAGAUAGAAAAGGUCCUCAAGAGAAUGAGAGAAAUAAAAAAUGAGUUCCUUCGAGCACAGAAUCCUCCUGAAUUGUACCUGAGCUCCAAAACAGAAUUGCAGGGGCUGAUCGGACAGCUGGACGAGGUAAGUCUGGAGAAGAACCCUUGCAUCCGGGAGGCUCGGAGAAGAGCGGUGAUCGAGGUGCAGACCCUCAUCACUUACAUCGACUUGAAGGAGGCCCUGGAGAAGAGGAGGUCCUUCGCUUCCGAGGAGCACCCGUCCCAUAAAGCGGUCUGGGACAUCCUGGGAAACUUGUCCGAGAUCCAGGGAGAGGUUCUUUCAUUUGAUGGGAACCGAACGGACAAGAACUAUAUCCGGCUGGAAGAGCUGCUCACCAAGCAGCUGCUCGCCCUGGACGCCGUGGACCCUCAAGGGGAAGAGCAGUGCAAAGCCGCCAGGAAGCAGGCGGUGAAGCUCGCCCAGAACAUCCUCAGCUAUCUCGACCUGAAAUCCGACGAAUGGGAGUACUAACGUACCACAGGCCUCACGGUGGCGAGUUCUGCUCUGCACUUUAUAUAUCCUUCUGUGUGUUUAGAGAGAGCUUUCAGUUCGUGGAGCCAAAAUGGAAUUUAUACGUGCAUAUUUCAAUCUCGCUAUUUAUGAUUUAAGCAAAUUCUAUUUGGUAUCUCUGCUGCUUUUGAUGUUGCAAAACGAAUAUGAUUACAGCACAUUAACUUUUC